AUGGCUCAAAUGUUGAGCUUCAUGAAGGACAUUAAGGAUGAACAGGAAAGAGCUAGGGAAGCUCGGAAUCGGUAUGAGGAGACGCCAAACGAUGGCAAUCCACUGUUAGGAUAUGUUCGAGGCUUUGACCCUCAUAAGUCAAACACCCAUUCAUCAAAGAGGGUUACCAAAACCCAUGAAGAGGGAGAAGCCUCCCAUGAAGGAUUUAUUCCCGCCACUCAGAAAGAGGGGGCGCCUCGCACUGUUCGCAUCCCUGCUAACAAUCCACCCAAGGAUGAGGAUUAUGUAGAUUUACAAUAUGGGGAAGUGGACGAACCAAAUCAGGAGUCCCAACAUAAGCAAACCCAAGCUGAUUCUGAGGAAAGUGCUAGAAAUAGUGGACAAAUCAAGUUAGUGGAACUCAGGCCUGUGCCACCUCCGAUUCCCGGAAAGACUAUGCCCAAUUUCAAAGCUAAUGAGAGGUGUGAAUUUCACGCCAAUUCUCCGGGGCAUACAUUGGAAAAGUGUUGGGCCUUUAGGCACAAGGUUCAGGACCUGAUAGAGUCAGGAGCAAUUGCUUUUGACAAACCUAAUGUGAAGACAAACCCUAUGCCCCGCCAUGAUGGCACAGUCAAUGCAAUAGAGGUAGUCACCGAGCAAGAGUUUGUUCAACAACGGAGCUCCCCCAUAGAUGCCCUUAAGAGGUAUCUACUUGCAAAGGGGUUCGUCCUCGAACAUAACGAAGCCUUUAAGACAACCUUGCAAAGACUCGUGAAUCAAGGGGUAGUUCAGUUUAAAGAAUAUCCUGAGGAAGAGUAUGUGGCCAUGCUGGACAGGAAUGAACCGUUGAUGAUACCAAGGCAAGGGGCAAGGAAGACAUUGAUCAUCCCUUGCGCCAAAGCCCCAUUGCUGAUACCCACACAAGUACACACUAGGAUCAUCCCAGUCAGGGAUCCAUACCCUGUGGACAAAAUGAAAGCAAUCCCGUGGGAAUAUGAGUCUAAUGCUAAUACCGAUGUGACAAACAUCGUCGGGCCUGGGGGUAUGACUCGUAGCGGUCGCAUAUUCAAUACUGCAAAAUCAAAGGAGAACUCAGCACAAGCAAAUGAUCAAGCUACUGUGGCCCCUACUGAAAAAAGCACACCCAUAGACAAGGAGACCACUAACAAAGAUGCCGAAGAGUUUUUGGCAUUGAUCAAGAAAAGUGAUUAUAAGGUAGUGGAUCAGUUGCACCAAACUCCAUCCAGGAUAUCACUCCUCUCGCUGUUAAUUCAUUCAGAAAAGCACCGAGACACCUUGAUGAAAAUCUUGAGUGCUGCCCAUGUAACCAAAGACAUCACUGUGAAUCAAUUUGAUGGAAUGGUGGCUAAUCUUACUGCUGGGGCAUGCUUAAGCUUCAGUGAACACGAGUUGCCCUCACAAGGGAAAGAGCAUAACAAAGCCUUGCAUAUCUCCAUACAAUGUGGGAAAGCUCAUCUGUCUAGAGUGCUGAUCGACACAGGGUCGUCAUUAAAUGUGAUGCCAAAGGCCACCUUAGACAAAAUAGAUUUGGAAGGACUAGUAAUAAGACCAAGCCGCCUGGUGGUCAAAGCCUUUGAUGGGUCGCAAAGCCCGGUGUUUGGAGAGGUGGACCUCCCUGUGGUAAUAGGCCCUCACACUUUCUGCAUCAAUUUCCAAGUGAUGGAGAUUGAGCCUGCCUAUACAUGUUUAUUGGGACGCCCUUGGAUCCAUGCUGCUGGGGCAGUUACCUCUACCCUGCAUCAAAAGGUGAAAUUUGUGGAUGGAAACUCUAUAGUAACCGUCAGUGGGGAGGAGGACAUAUUUGUCAGCAAUCUAGACUCAUACCGAUACAUUGAGGCUGGGGAAAAGCAUUAG